AUUCCCUAUAUCCGGGGUUCAUAACACCUGUCAGGGUGGAGUCAGUGCCCGCAUGGCGAUGUUACUAUGGCGUCAGUCCGGAAGUCAGUUCACCCCAAACCUUGCUACACGAACUGUGGCGUUGGUGAAGCUGGAAGUGAACUGCCAGACGUGCACUCGGAUUCCGACGAAACUUUUUUUGUGCCUCGUUCAUCUCGGAGACAGGUUUUUCAAUCCAAAUCCUGUGCCCAGGCAGAAGGCGCUGUUGCUCCCGUCACGCGGCCACUGAGCAUGGUACUCAUCUCUACCACGUCACGCUACCAUGCUGAUGAGUUCUGUGAUAUAAAUCUAGACAAUAACAGUGACUUCAAGCUUGCGGAAAAUGUAACCGAGGUCAGUGCCAGCACUACUUUGAAGGAUAAAAGUAGGGUGAGUGAAAAUUGGAAACAUUUUGCGAAAAAAAUUAAGACGAGCAAAAAUCCUCACAGGAAGCAUGGUAAAUCUAAUCUACUUGAGGCUCGAACGAAGUGUUUAUAUGGUGAAAGUGAAGAGCAGAAUGGCUUGCCCCCUUUCGAAAUCCGCGGGAACCAAGAGGCACAGAAAGACAUACAUACAUACAAAAUAUCACGUGACAAGCAUAACCAGAAACGUCAGGACAAUCUACCUUUCGAAAAUAUACUGCAUGAUGUUCCCUUGGAUACCUCAGUGAUAAGCAAUAAAAAUGAAUUGCAAACACAGGAAAAGGUUGCUUCAAACUUGGGCUCGUCGCUACCGUCUUGCCACAUACCGUCAUUUGCCAGCGGGUUAGGGUACGAUUCCAACGAUAACAUUCAAAA